CUCUCUCCUCUUUCCCGCCCCCUUUCUUCUUCUUCUCCUUCUUCUUCCUUCCUCUUGUACUAUUAGAGUCCAAAAAUCUCUAGACCUUAAGGGAGCCCAAAACUCACCGUUGUAGCUCGUGAACGGCUCCAAUUCGGCACCCUCCCUUUCGGCCCCGAAAUGGCGACCGCCCGUUUCGCACGCCGGCGACUCCCAUCCUCCGCCGCCGUCCUCCUUCUCCUCCUCCUCUUCCUCGCCGCCGCGCCUCCGCCGGCCCACUCCCUUCCCUACUCCCAGUACAAAACCCUCUUCUUCUCCCUCGCCCACUCCCUCCCCGACUCCCAGUACAAAACCCUCUUCUUCUCCCUCGCCCACUCCCUCCUCCCCGACUCCCAGUACAAAACCCUCUUCUCCCUCGCCCACUCCCUCCCCGACUCCCAGUACAAAACCCUCUUCUUCUCCCUCGCCCACUCCCUCCCCUACUCCCAGUACAAAGCCCUCUUCUCCCUCGCCCACUCCCUCGCCACCCGCGUCGCCAGCCUCCGUGCCGCCCGCGGCGACCUCGCCGGGGCCGAGCGCGCCCGGGCCAUCGCGGAGCUGAGCGAGCUGCUGGGCCUGGUGCUCCCCUACUCCCAGUACGAGGCCCUCUUCUUCCUCGCCCACUCCCUCGCCACCCACGUCGCCAGCCUCCGCGCCGCCCGCGGCGACCACGCCGGGGCCGAGCGAGCCCGGGCCAUCGCGGAGCUGAGCGAGCUGCUGGGCCUGGUGCUCCCCUACUCCCAGUACAAAGCGCUCUUCUCCCUCGCCCACUCCCUCGCCACCCGCGUCCCCAGCCUCCGCGCCGCCCGCGGCGACCUCGCCGGGGCCGAGCGCGCCCGGGCCAUCGCGGAGCUGAGCGAGCUGCUGGGCCUGGUGGAGGAUUUCGCGAGGGCGGAAUCGAAUGCGGAGAGGGCGAGCUGGAUUGGGAGGAACUACGAGAACGCCGCGCGGGUCUUGAAGUCGGUCUUCGCGAGGCUUCUCCGAGUGUUCAGCAAAUCGAUAUGAGACCCAUAGGGAGUCGCCCACCCUCAACUCUGCUUAGCUGAAGCAUCUUCUUACAACUUCCCAGUUCAAUACUGGGGCUGUACGACUUGGUUUGGAAGGGAUAAGAUGAAGAUCAUGCCUGUUAUCUUUCUUUGUAACUUGUUGAAGAUAGAAACAUUUCCUCAAUGAAAUACAUUGAACAUGAAUUCCACUGAUCAUUAUUGACUAUUAAAAUGAGCAUGUUGGUUUCUAUAUCAGUUGAUUGUUGAACUAACUUGAAAUAAAAAUAUUAAUAGAAAGAUGAAACUACAUUGGUUGAACAGAAAAAACAUCUCAUGUAUCUGGUCGUGUUGGUCAUGAGAAACAGAGACCAGAGGUGCUAUUCCAAAUGGGUGGAAAAAGGGCUAAAAGUACUUUGUCAAGAUAAGUGCAAAUACAUUUGUGAUUGCAGGCUUAAUG